AUGUCCAAAAAACCCAUUCCAUAUAAUUGGUCUAAUGAUGUUACUUAUCUUUAUUACAACGAUUACAUUUCGACUUCUUUAAAACCAUCGCCAUAUGAUGUGUCUUUGAUCAAAACUCAUCCUAUUCAUCCAUUCACAGCUUCUUCAUUACUUCCAGUAGCAAUAACACCAAAUUUACCAAAUCCUUUGGUUAAAAUAAAAUAUUUAAAAGAUCAAAAGGAUCAUCCAGCCUAUCCAGGUAAUGGAUUAUUUGCAACAAAAGACUUAAAAGAAUCAACCUUAAUCAUAAGCUAUAAUGGUAAUGAAGCAAGAUUUAUAAAUGAUUACCGUGGCAUAUCAAAAAAACCAAAUGCGAUUUUUCAUGAAUAUAUAGACUUAAAUACUGGUAUGGUUAAUAUGGGUGUCUGGGUAAUAUCCGGAAUAGGAAAAAUUAAAAAAGGCUCUGAAAUCUUAGUUAGCUAUGCUAUAAGUAUAAAUAAUUGGUACCUUGACCGUAGGAUGAAAAGUGAGAAGAUCAAAUCAUAUCUAAAAACUAUAUGUAUUGAUGUUGGGAUUGAUGUUCAAGAUCGGAAAAUAGUUAAUCAUUCAAGACGUAGCCUGUUUGACAUGGCUAUUUUAGCAUUAGAUACUAACAAGUCAACUGAUAUUAAUGAAAUAAACAAUCAAGCUGUUAAUAACAAGAACGCAGUAAUUAUUGAUUUAAAAGAUUCUUAUGAAUUGCCAAAAGAAAAUGAUGUUUCUACAAGCAAAAUUACUCAAGUAAUUGAAGGUUCAUCUAUGGAUUUAAAUUCUGAGAUAAUUAACAAAUUAAAUAUUAAUAAUGAUAAACUUAUUGAUAAUUCCAAUUCAAAUUGUAGCAAAAGGAUGGGAGGUAUCAAUAAGAUUGAUAAACAUUAUUCGAAUAAACCCAUUCAAAAGACUCAAAUUACUUGA